AUGAUAAUCCUUAUUGUGGUUAAUGUUCCAGAUAAUAAUCAAGGAGAACAGGGAUUUUGUUCCUUUUUCAGAAGUCUUCCUGAGAAACCAGGAAAUACUAUUCGGCUAUUCGAAAGAAGUUCAGGGGAAUAUUAUAGCGUCCACGGAGAAGAUGCAAUUUAUAUCUCGCAGAAUGUAUACAAAACAUCAUCUGUAAUAAAAUAUUUAGGUGGUGAUAUCAAGAAUAGAAUUCCCAGUUGCACAUUAUCACGCUUUAAUUUAGAAACAUUUUUACGCGAUGCUUUGUUAAACAACCAAAUGAAAAUUGAAAUAUGGGGACAGGAGUCACGAAAAAAUAGUGCUUGGAAAAUCAUAAAAAAGGCGUCUCCGGGAAAUAUACAAGAACUUGAGGAUCUUUUGUUUUCCAAUGUAGACGCUGUUGCAUCCCCGGUAGUGCUUAGUGUCAAAUUAGGAAGCCAAGGGGGUCAAAAGAUUGUUGGAGUAGCUUUUGCAGACACGACAAUUCGGGAAUUAGGAGUAUCCGAGUUUUUAGAUAACGAUUUGUGCACUAACUUUGAGUCAUUAUUAAUUCAACUUGGAGUUAAAGAAUGUAUUGUUCAAACGGAUGAAUCACGUAAAGACUAUGACCUUUUAAGAUUGAAGGAUGUUGUAGAUAGGUGUGGUGUAGUAAUCACUGAAUUAAAAAAAAGCGAAUUUUCAAUUAAGGAUAUUGAACAAGAUUUGAAUCGUUUGCUUGGAGAUGAAAUUUCUGUGGCUUCUCUGCCUGAAUACGAAAUGAAAAAUGCGAUGGCCGCGUGCGCGUGUGUCAUCAAAUAUUUAUCGUUGAUGAUAGACGAAAGUAAUUUUGGACAUUAUACUUUGCGAAACCAUGAUUUGUCUCAAUAUAUGAGAUUGGACUCCUCUGCAUUAAGGGCGCUAAACCUGAUGCCAAGUCCUCAGGAUGGAUCAAAUAAGACGACUAGUUUGUUUGGUCUCUUAAAUAAGUGUAAAACUUCUCAGGGGUCGCGUUUGCUCGGUCAAUGGCUAAAACAACCUCUAAUGAAUAUAAAGGAAAUCGAACAAAGACUUUCGCUUGUCGAAAUGUUUGUGGAUGACACUGAAGUUAGACAGUCCCUAAGGGAGGAUAAUCUAAAAAGCAUACCAGACCUUCACAGAAUUGCGAAACGAUUUCAAAGAGGGAAUGCAACAUUACAGGACGUUAUACGAGUGUACCAAGUUAUAAUAAGACUACCAGAAUUGAUAAAUGUGCUGGAAUCCCUUAAUACUACAGAUAGUGCUCUCAAGAGUAUUAUCGAAGAAGUAUAUCUCAUUAAAUUAAGGGAACAUAGCGAACAACUCGAAAAGUUAAAAGAGAUGGUAGAAACAACUGUCGAUUUUGAAGCAGCAGAAAAUCAUCAUUACGUUAUAAAAGCCGAUUUCGAUGAUAGAUUAAAAGAUAUUCGGGAAAGAAUUGAUGAAGUCAUGGAAACUAUGAAUAAAGAACAUCAAAAGGCCGGGAAAGAUUUAGACAUGGAUAUAGAAAAGAAGCUUCACUUCGAAAAACAAAAUACUUAUGGGCACUGCUUCCGAAUUUCUAGAAACGAUGCCACUUGUCUCCGUGGGCAAUCCAAGUACAUCGAGCUUGCAACACAACGCAAUGGUGUAUUUUUUACAACAUCUAAGUUGAAAGAACUAA